GGAAGGACGGAGGCCUGCUUUCAGCGGCCUGUACAUGCUUCUCCUGGCCCGGUGUGUGAGGCGCAGCUGCUGCCUGUGUCAUGUUGUCACUACGGGACGGGGCUCCCUCGGGCUACCCCCCUCCUCCUCCUCUCUUCUCCUCAGGAAACAAUAUCUCAUGUGUGAGCGGGGAAAUGACAUCGCGGCCGUGCAGGACACAUGCGGGGAGCGGCAGCAGGACAGUCCGAGGCCCAGCGAACAGGAGAAGGCCGAGCUGGAUCCAGAGGUGCUGAGCAUAGUACAGGCACAUGAGGCCGCCUGCCUGGUAGGUCAAGAAGGAUACUCAGAUCCCCAUACUGGAUAUUUUGUUUUCACCAGAAUAGCUCAUUUGAGAAGAGGCAAAUGCUGCGGGACCGCAUGUAGGCAUUGUCCAUAUGGCCAGGAAAAUGUUAAGGAUUCAUCUAGAAAGAAGCAAUUUAAUUCCUUUUUUUACACAUGACAGCCGAGUUCAAUCUCGCAGCUAUUUUUUCAUUAAUCGAGGGGAUUUUAAAAGACGGUACUGUAAAGCAAUUGUAUUUAGUCCUGCUAACGAUGCUGUCUUUCUAGUUAAUAUUCUUAAGUAAUGAAUUCAAUGUUAAUUGUAAUAAACAUCAAAUGGAAAGCAAA